AGCAAUAGGUCGUGGUGGAGGAGGUGAAUGAUCUUGGCAGGCCUAUAAUUCCACAAUGACUCGUGACGACUUUUACUUGGUGGAUCGCUGACCUUGAUCUGAAUCGCAGAUGUUACUAGAUGAAAAUAAGCGCAAGAUCAUGACAAUCCCCAAAGGCGUGACAGAUGAGAAGGGCGAUGCAGGAUCAUCUGCAGUGGUCCAGCUUGGUUUCCCUACCUCACACACCACUGGCGGCGUGUCCUCUUCUUAAGGCUAGUUUGUCACUAACCCAUUCUGAUCUGAACCAUGCUGGGUCGUGGACGUCGGGUCCCCUUCUUUGAUUUCUUCAAAGGGGAAACAAAUCAAGGAAAAACCAAAGGGCAACUAACUCAAUUGACCAGGCAUAGUGAAAAACUAGCGUUAACCUCUUGUGCCGACACUGCAACCGGCGUCGCGCGGACUGGUCGCUUCGCUCCAUGCGAAAGGAGAAGACUUCUUUGGAGAGGUUGGCGUCUACGUGGUGCGCCACCCAUGCAGGGUUUACGCGUUGACUUUCCUACUCUUUCUGGCCUUUGCGCCAGGGUUGAUGCUGGUGUUAUGGCGUCUGGGAGGACGAGACGAAGUUUUUGAUGAAGAUGUUGAAGAUCAUGAUGUAACGGACAUGAUAGAGCUGCUGGAGUAAACAAGUAAGUGUCUUAGACGAAUGUUUCUUAGUCCUUUCCUCCGCUCUUUAGGACCUUGACCUUCCUCCUUUGACAUUGACAUUUUGAUGAGCAGGAAUCUUCAAUUUGGGCAAAAAUAGCAAAUUUUUAGAAAUAUGGUAUCUUCAACUUCAACAGGACGAUGAAUAAAAACCACUUAGAAAUUUAUAGCUUUAACACUGCCCUCUCUGACGGUCGUGCGCGCUGAGGAUCUAUGGGUGGACCAAGACUCAAAGGCGAAAACGAUUCAGAAUUGGGUUGAGUCGAGUUUUCGCGGAUUCCCGAGACCCACGCGAGUGAUUAUAACGAAAGAUAAUUCGAAUUAUGGAACCAUAAGCAAGUCUUCUAGUGAUCAUAACGAAACAAGAUAGAAGUUUAGCAAAAAAAGAACACACUGCAAGUGUAGUUCUUUUAGAACAAGUGCUAUGCAAGGCUGUUCUUGAUCAUGUUGUUCUUUUCGAAAACAAAGUGCACCUGCACUGCAAGGACGAGGAUGAAUCCAUCACUAUUAUGAAGUUGAUGGAUCAUUCAACAACUUUCCGCCGCUGUGGUCGUACUGGGGUGAGAAGUCUUCUAUCAUUCAUCUCUAAAAAUGCUACCUGAACGAAAACGUACUCACCGAACAAGGACUGAACAAGCUUUGGACGGUUCAUAAUGCGGUCGUAAAUGUACGUACCCCAAGUAGCAAGGAUCUACACGACAUUUGCAUGCGUCGCGUUGAUUACAACGGUUUGUGCAAUGUAGUCGGCGCUGUCAACUUCUGGAAUCAGUCUUAUCCUGCCUUUCAAUCCUCCACAUCGAAGCUGGCGGAUACGGAAGUGGAAUUUUACGCCAACUCGUUGGAAAAGGUGGACCAUGGCGAAAUGCUUUUUUCUUUCGCCAAUAGCAUUAAGGCUAGUACAUCACUAUCUAGUAUGAGCAUGCAGGUAUUCGGAAUGCGAGGUUCCCCUUGAUCUACAAGAGGGGAAAGCAAGAGGAAGAGAAAACGAAACAACUCACAUCCCCACGGAUAGUGAUCGACUACCUUUUUUAAUAGCGAUUCGAGUCGGGGAGUAGGUAAUGGCGGAAUGCCGUGGGCUAACGGCAUGCAGUUGAUAUACUUGCUGAAAGAUACAGAUACGAUGCCUGAGGAUGAUAUAUUGGCGUGGGAAAAAGCGUUUUUGGAGUCUAUGGAGGCACUAGAUGAUGCAGAGAAAGCGCAAAAUACGGGUUUUCGGGUAUAAUUUGAAUAUUAUUAAAAUAUUGAGAUGAGUUUUCCACUAGCACUGACAGUCACGACAAGCAACACCGAGGACCAUUUUUUUACUUGUUGUAUAGUGGUCUUUGUUGUUGUACUUGAGUAUCUAUAAUAGAUACAUAAGUAGUGAAGAUACGUGUAUCUAUAGAUACAUAGUGAAGAUACGUCAAAGAACUCCGAGUACGUACUAAACAACCGAGUUCAACUAUGCAGAUCUACCGGCAAGCGACGCGUAGUGUCGACGACGAACUGGGUCGGUCAGUGCAAGGGGAUAUCGUUUUGAACAUUAUGUGCUACACGUUGAUGUGUCUGUAUUGCUGGCUAAUGCUUUCGCGGAAACCUAAUCCGAAGUUGUGGGAAAACACGGGAACGAAGAGCAGGAGUAGGCUCUAUUGGUGGAGAGUAGCCCGUAUUGGGUCUCGGUACGCGCUUUCGGCACUGGGCGUUCUUACCGUGAUCGUCUCGACGGUCAUUGGAUACGGAUUUUGCCUCUACUGCGGAGUUCAUUUCGUGUCACUACAUUAAGGCCUACUUCAAGAGUCCACGACUCCUCAAUCCGAAUCGACUAACAUUAUCAUCAGUGGUCCACGAUUCAAAAAGAUGCAUGCUUGCACGGAAAGCUUGCUUAAAAUGUACGUAGGGAAGAUGCCUGGUGGAUAACUCACCACUCCAGAGCAGACUAGACUUUGUUCGCUUUCGCAAGCAGCUCGUGUUCUAAUGGCACCAGGUUUUGCCUUUCAUCCUGGUUGGCAUCGGUGUUGACGACAUGUUCAUCAUCUGCAGUGCCUUUGACGCUUUCGCACACCUGCAACACAACCCUGAGGAACGAGCCAAGCACGCCUUGCGCAAGUGCGGCAUGACAGUGACUUUGACUUCUUUAACGAAUGUAGUGGUUUUUCUCUUUAUGAAAGGAAAAAGUGCACUCACAGUCACACUCAAAAAUGGGAGUUACACUUAAGUAAGAAAACUUAGCUACUUUCCGUUUCCGUCUUCAUCUACAUAUUUAUAAUAAGUCCUAGCCAAUUAGAAUUUCUUGAGUGUCGUGAGUGCAUCUUUAUUUCUUUUCAUACUCUUUGGGUUGACCUUUUCCUACCCAGCAAUCCAAUACUUUUGCGUGUACGCAGCAGUAGCGAUUUUCGUAGACUAUUAAGGCUCAAAACAAAUCAUUUCUACAAGUCAUUUCUUGCAGUUUCCUUCUUGGGAUUCGGAAGAAAUGCAGGCAAGAAAUGAAACGUUUUGAGCUCUAAGACUACGUCCUGCAAUUGACAGUGUUCGUCAGUUUUGUGGUCAAAGACUUGCAGCGCCAAGAAGACAGACUACAAGAGGGAUGCUGCUUGCCGUUCUGUCCGACACGAGUCGCGAAAAAAGCCGGAUGUUGGAGUCCUUGCGUGGACGGAGAAACAGGAGGAGCGCUGCUAACGGAUGCCGAGGUGGAGGAAUGCAGGAAGAUUAUACUUGCUGACAAAAGUCAUGCUCAUGUUGAACAAGUACAGGAAGAACAUCGACAUCCAGAUCAAGUUGUGGCUUCAUCUUCUUCUCCUUCAGACGAGAAGAAGAAUACCAAUACAGGAGUAGCGCCCGAUGAAGUGCAAAAAGAUAAAGAUUUUCUCUUUUGUUUAAGGCUUCCCCUAAUCCAUCUUCGGAAGCAUCCCCACGAGGGUCCUCAAGGGGAAACGGGGCCCAGGAUGCAUUUCGAGAUGGAUUCCGGUGAGCGCUAAUUUGUCCGUACGAACAAGCGAAUUACAGGGCUUGGAUUAAGGGCACGUAUGGACCCUUCAUCACCCACAGCUUGCUCGUCAAGCUUGCUAUCAUCGCUGUCUUUUUCUUAUGGACAACACUUACACUUACUUCAUCACUACGUAGCUAUAUUCUUGUAUACAACACAGGGUCGGUUGUAGUGUUUUAAUUCUCCUGUUACCACAUAGCUAGUAUAUUCUUGUGUACAUAGGGUCGGUUGUAGUUGUGUUUUUAUUCUCCUGUUACUACCUAGCAAUAUUCUUGUAUACAUAGGGUCGGUUGUAGUCGCGUUUUUAUUCUCCUGUAAUGUCUCAUCAUGGACGAAGGUCGUUCGUCUUCGUUGCAUCAGGGCAUCAGCAGCAUCAAGCUUUACAGUGAAGGCUCGGCGUCGGAUCUCUUGUUCUUCGACGAAAGAAAGGGAUAGGACCGCAGUGAUCUGAGGUGCUAGUUCAGAAGUAGAGCACACCAUGAAUGUCCUGUCUACUAUAGCCGUACUCAUCUUCUAACCUCCGGUUACUGCGGCUUUGUGUUGGUUGUUUGUGUGUGUUGGUUGUUUGUGUGUGUUGGCUGUGUGUUGCUUCUAUUUGUGCUUGGUGUGUUGUGUGUCUCGUGUGUGUUUGGUGUGUCGUGUGUCUGGUGUGUAGUUGUGUUGUGUUUUAUUCCUUACUAAGUAUAAUUUCUCACCGUACUCAUCUUCUAACCUCCGGUUACUGUGGCUUCUCGGCAUAUUGCUUAACGAAUGUGACGAAAGACUUUGACCUGAAAGACCUAGCCCCCGACGAGUCGUAUUUUCGGGACAUGCUGACGGCCACCGAGGACUUGUACACGCACAGCGGGAAAGGACGCUUGACGUUUUCUCUCUACUACAAACACACGAAUUAAGGCUCCUUGCGGCGGGUACAAGAAUAGCGACGAUGUUGACGAGGCUGUUGCUUUCAUGAUCAAGAAAAAUUGUAUAGAAUUUAGGCACUAACUAACUUGUAUAAAUUUAUAAACCGUAAUUAGUACAACCCUUCAACUUUUUUCCCCGUCUAAAAUAACCACCACGCCACUUCUGCUCAAGCGGUGAUGCAGGAACAUGAGACUUCCACUCGACUCUUGGCCUAUGUGGAGGAUGAUUAUUUGGCCUCCUGGUUCGCGGAUUUCCGAGUGCAGCAAUGCGGAAGUGGAAUGGCGCCGGUUCCAGAUGUUAGCUCUUCUUUUAUGAUCGUGAAAUCGAUGGCCCAUUGGAAACGCGUCGGAAGUAGAAAUCGUUAGUCAUUGCUAGGAAGGCCAGAUGUAAAUCGGGCUGGGUAUUUGGUCCUACUUUUGAUGUUGACAUUGAGUAGACAUGCAUACCUCUAAACCUUCCCCUCCAAGUCGUGCCCUGUUCGUUUCAACCGGCCAGUAUCGUGCGGAAAACUACGCCCCUUGCGCAGCGUUGCAAGCCGUUUCCGCAACUCCAGAGGCAUUUGGCAAUGCGGUCUAUGCCUGGCUUCAAAACCCUAUAAAUUCACGAUGGAAAGACAACAUCGUAUUUCGAGACGUAGCGGAUCCAAUAACCGGAUCUAGCAAUAAAGUCAUUCUUAUGGCAUGAUCAGAAGUCUCGGUCAUCUCCCUCUCCUCGUAUUAAGAACAAAUUAUAUGUAAGUAGAUGAAAUAAGUAAGUAAGUAAGUAGAUGAUGAAAUAAGUAAGUAGAUGAAAUAAGUAAGUAAGUAAGUAAGUAGAGAUGAAAUAAGUAAGUAACUAGAUGAAAUAUUAAGUAAGUAAGAAGUAGUCAGGGAAAUCUUAGGCAGAUUGCCGAGUAGAUUUACAUCAUCAAGAGUAAGUAGAUCAUGAAAUGAACAAACUUCGUUUGGUCAUUGUUCUAACCUCCUCUAUUCGCGUGUGACUUUCAAGCACACGGUGGAAGUGGUGAAACCCGGAAAGGAUGCGGUUGAAGCGAACAAAGAAAUUUUCGCUUUUGCUGAGGCACAAGAAUUACGGUCAACCCAUCUACAUUUAGAAGUGUCCAUCUUUCUCGGCAUCUUGAUGUUGUUGCCCUCUUCUUCCCUUGUAUUUCGACAUGGGAGAGGGGUCGAGAAAAGGGGACUUCUUGGGAUGAGGAUAAAAGCUGACUCUUCUAAAAGAAAGCAGAAUCAAUGUGGUCGCGAGUUCGCCGUUCUACCAAUUUUUUGACCAGACGUGGCACAUCCAGGAGGAGUUGAUGAGCAAUUACGCCUUGGCCGUGGUAGGAGUGCUCAUCGUAACAGUAUUCGUCGUGCCGAACGCCAUAGCUGUGGUGAUGCUAGCGUUUAUCAUCUGCAUGGUGGAUAUUGACCUUACAGGUAUACUUCGUCUUCGACGUUCUUGUUUUUCCUCGUCGUGUGGCUCUUUGCCAUGAUUACCUCACUCAAUUACAGUUUGAUGUUUCGUUCGUAAUCAAAUCAUUAUGGCACCACCACCAGAGGUAAUGCACAUCGUGAUCGUCCUCACUGCUGCUCAACAUUCGACUUUCACUCUCUGUCUCUCCAACACGACAGGUUUGAUCUGGCUUGUUGGGUUGGAUCUGAACUCAAUCAGCGUGAUCAAUUUGAUCAUGGCUGUUGGCUUGGUUGUGGAUUACAGUGCGCACAUAGUACAUGCGUUCUUCUACGAGACGAACUUGGAGGAUGAUAAGGACACCCGCAUCCGACACGCGCUCACUGACAUGAUGCCGAACGUCCUCAAAGGUGGGACGACGACCUUCCUUGGAGUGCUGGUUUUUGUGUUUGCGAACUCCUUCAUUUUCCGCGUUUUCUUCAAGAUGUUUUGCGGGAUUGUGGCCUUCGGAUUGUUGCACGGUCUCUGCUUAGUUCCGGUUCUGCUUAGUUUGUUACCGGAUCCUCGAGGACCAAGCGGAUGCAAGUUUGGAGUGGCGCAAGCACCUUCAACGGGAGCACCUUCAUAAAAAGGUUCUUGUGGCGGAUGCGGAGGAACGAGAAAAGUGAAGUAAGAAGUGCUAGUUGUACUACUAACCUACUACAACUACAGCUACGAGUUUUUAUGCGACGAACCAUAGGACAUGAAGGAGAAGGUCACUACGUACUUCUGGCAUUAGACUAUUAAAUCGCACUUCAACAUCACGCUAGAGCUGAAGAAAGCAAAGCGAUUUGUACAGGUAGAUGCACGACGUGCAAGAACAUUCAUUUUUGGUUAUUGCUAGUUCUAGCGGAAUAACUCUGGUGGCGUAACAAGACCAAGGCACAUACAACAACGAGUACUACGUGCAAGAGAACAACCUCGUCUUCGGUGGUGGCAUAGGAAUACCAGCUGCGAACAAUUAUGCAGCGCCUCCUGGGGAAGGCGGAUGAUACAUAUAACUUCUUGUGAUGUAGUGAUGAAGAUCAGUCAUGGGAUCAUACUUAGCGACUUUCUCUUUUGCCUAUUUUUAUUGUUCUUCUAACUACACGACGACCUUCAUCUAUUUGAACGAGAAGAUGAUUGAGAGACCCAUUACUUCUCAAGGCUUGUUGCACUUGUUCUUCUUCAUUGUUCUUACAGUUGCAUUUGUUGACAGCACCACGAAAUCAUCAUGAGCUGCAUUUGCGUU